CGUAUAUGUAGGUACGAAGUACAUUAUGUACUUUGUACAGGUGUCAGCUGCUACGUCAAUUAUUGGAUCCAGCUGUCCUUCUUUCUGUCCUUUAUGUACAACUCAGCUCAUCCCUGCAUAUUUCUUCUACUUCUACAUCUUUUCAUCGCACAGCAGCUAUCUAACUUGACAUUACAUAUUCACACCAAACACUCAAGUCAAGUCUAGCCUUAACAAUGACGGAGGGUCUCCAGGUUACAGACGACCCAGCGGCAGCGCGAGCCGCAGAGCAAGCACGCCUGCGCAAGGAACGCCGAGAAGCUAAGAUCAAAGCUGGAGGAGCCGCACGCCUGAACAAGAUCACAGGACUAGGAGGAGGCGUACAACGAGAUCCAGUACCACAGCCGUCGUCAGAAACGGACACGCCACAAGAAACCUCAACUACAUCGACGCCAACCACGAAACCCACCCAAGCCUCAGAACAGCAUGGAGACCCGGAUGAAGUCGACAUAUCGCAGCACUACUACGAGCCGAACACAACCGCCCGCCCGCCCCCAAGCGCCACUCCACCCAACGACAUAUCCGAAGCUCAACUACGGCAGAUGAUUCUCGGCCUCGAUCGCCAAUCCUCCGCCACCCCACCACAACCGGGCCGGAACCCGCUCGACGGCCCCUUACCGCGGGUCCCCGGCGCGGAGGGCCCAGAUGAAGACCCCAUGAUGAAGAUGCUCUCUCAAAUGAUGGGCGGCAGCAUGCCCGGCGGCGCAGGCGGUAACCCCUUCGCCGGGACACCUAUGGAGAGCCUCCUCGGCAGCCUAGGCGGGCAAAUCCCCGGCGCCGGCGGCCCCGGUACCCCCACGCAAGCCGCACAGCAACAACCCCCCGCCGACAAGAGCGCCAACAUCUGGCGCAUCCUGCACGCCGUCUUUGCGCUCGGCCUCGGCCUCUACGUCGCGCUAUCCACCACCUUCUCCGGCACGCUCGCGGAGCGCGAGCGCUCGGCCGUCAACAACAACAACAACGGCGCGGGCGCGGAGAAGACAACAACAGACAGCGUAGAGCGCGCGCGCGCGUACUUCUUCGCCGUGUUCGCGUCGGUCGAGGCCCUGCUGCUGACGACGCGGUAUUUCCUGGACAAGGGCCGCGAUGCGCCCAACAAGGGCUGGAUGUGGACUGCGAGCGGGUUUUUGCCGGGGCGCGCGAGGGCGUAUGCGCAGCAUGCGCUGCGCUACGGGCAGAUGUUGAGCACGGUGAGGAGUGAUGCGUUGGUUUGUGUUUUUGUGUUGGGGGUUUGUUCGUGGUUGAGAUCGCGAGGGUGAGGUUUGUUGGUUGUCUGGUCGCUGGAUGGUGAUGGUGAUUAUGAUUAUGGGAUAGAUGAUGAGAACUGGGCAUUAUGCGCGGUGGAUAAUAAUAAUAUGACAUGAUGUUAUAUGCGGAAGGACGCGGAAGCAGUAUCAACUGGCUCCUUUAAAUGGUGACGCUGGGUUGUUAUCAUGGUAAAGUAAAGCCUAUUUGUUUCCUCCGUCGAGGUUACGGUGUUUGAUCCUACUUUAGAUAUUGUAUCGAACAAUGCACACAGUGAUUUCUACAUCUAUAUAAUACUGCUUCGUUGGUUACCGGAUGGUCAGUAUAUUAUUUCAGCUUUGUACGCCUCGCGAGACUGGGUUGUUUAGAGAAGUUAGGUCAUCCACUGUGUAGAAUAUCCCCUUGAAGGAGAAGUAGAUGGGGAUGGGAUGGUAAAUUCAAAGUUGCUAGGUUAGGUGCCGUAGUCUUCUUUCGUUAAUAUGACUUGAAUCUCAAGAUGAACUUCAACGAACUAGGUGGCUAAGUGGUACAAUGGUGAUUCAGAGGUAUUUUCGGUAUCCUUCAUCCCGACUUUGAACUUCUUGCCAAGUAAAGUGUUUUUUGUCCUCGCCUUUCUAUUCAU